UGACAGGAAACUGUCGGCAAUAAUAGGUGAAAGAAAGCUAUCAUCAUGGAGAAUGCCUGAUUUGCUCGGGGAGAAGACGAGGCAUCUGUGCUCUCCAGUGGAUCCAAGUAUAAUAUCAGUCGCUCCUGCAUGGAUAUGGCCACCAGCAUCCAGUGGUCACCAGUAGGAUUCCAUGGGUCCAGAAUCACUGAAGCAGCACUGAUGCUGCGGUCUGCCCAGAGCAUUCCAGUUGGCUGACCCCUCGCUCGCGGACGUGCACAAGUGUUACUCGCUCUACGUACGACCACGCGUCGGACUACGCCGAGCUCACGUGCGACUCCAGUCUGCUCUACAAGAUGCUCGUGUUCUUUAAGCCGGACUUUGCGCGCAAGUCGAAGAUGCACAAGCGGCGCAUCAACGCGCCGCGUGGAGUGCUCGGCGAGCUCAACCCGCGCCGCCACCUGCUCGUCUGCCGGCAGCUGACGUACGAGAUCGCCGAGGCGUACGGCGAGACGCUCGACAUCAAGAUGGCGAUCGUCGAGGAGCAGCAGACGACGCCGUCGCCGCACGCCGUCAGGAAGAUCAACCUGCUCGGCGCCGAGUGCAUUCGCAAUUUCGAGUUGUUCCUCGACUCGUUUAAGACGGCGUACGGCGAGAUGCUGGAACAGUUUGACAGCGAUAAUGUUCGUCCGGUGCUGAUAGCUUACUUCUACAUGGGCUGCAUGCAUUCAAAUUUCAUCGAUUAUUACGAUGUUCACAAACAGAUAGCGAGCAUUCAGAAGAGCAUUGACUGCUAGCAGUUAUUAGUUAGACCAGUACCCAGACGUGGAAAUGUC